AUUGCAGCUCACGGUUUGGUGCAGCAAGAUUCUAAUUUGAGUGACGCCUUUGUAAGGUCUGGUUUAUUUUGCGAUUGCUUUUAUUCGUGAGCGAUCACCCUUCCUUGAGUGCUUACUAAAAUAUUCACAGGUGGAGCCGCUGCCUGUGGGUUCGAGCGUUUUGAAAAAACCGCUCGUAAAAAUAAGUUUUUGUGGCUUUAUUUACUGAAGUUUUUUACUGUCAAAAUUUACGUAAAUUAAUUUCUUUGCCUUCCCCAUGCUCCUUUUUGUUUUUACAACUUCCAGAAACAACACUACACACAUAGACGAAACGCCAUGGUACUCGCAGCAUUCACGGACACUAAUUUCCUGCUUGGAGUGUGCAUAGCGCUGCUCUGCACGCAGCUGGUACCCAUGCUGCUCAGGACGAUAAUCGCGACUGCGGGAAAAAAUACAAAACAGGUAUCAAUACAUAAGUACCUGAUAAAGUAGAUGAUCUACUUUCAUCAUGACAGCUUUGUUUUGCCUCAUUCGUAACUGCUCUGUAUUGUGCCGUCGGUGAAGCAAUUUUCUAUAUUAUUUUUGCAGUGCAAAUAAAGUACUUAAUGCACGUCGUUCUCAUUGAUACACCUCAAAAACACCACCAGGCCGUCGCCACCAUAAGUGGUACCAAGGAGCUGAAAAUGGUCAUGAUCGUGCGCAAAGACCUCGGCAUGCAGAAGGGCAAGAUCGCUGCCCAGUGCGGGCACGCAGUGCUGGGUGCGUAUGAAAAGGCACAGGCAGAUAAGGAUAGAAUACGUGUCUGGCGGAGAUGGGGCCAAGCGAAGAUUGCGUUGCAAUGCCAGGACGAGGAGCAAAUGAUGAAGCUAGAGAAGGAGGCGAGGAGAAGAGGCCUCAACUACUACACAGUAACUGACGCGGGUAGGACACAAAUAGCGCCCAAUACCAAAACCGUUCUCGCGAUCGGGCCGGAAGAAAAGGACGUGCUAGACGAACUCACAGGGGACCUGAAAUUGUUGUGACAGAACAUUUAUUCUCGGAAUUGAAACAGUAUGUCCAUUCCAGCGCAACUAACGGCCUGUCAGUCGCCAACUGAACGCGUGAACCAAGAGAGCGCAGUAUGAUCGCUGCACGAGGACGUUUAAAACUCGAUAGUUUAUUCGCUCCUUUUCUCAGCAGCACCGAAUAAACACGAAA